AUGAUGCUGGACGAGGGAGACAACAAAAGAUACAGCACUCGCACGCUCUGCUGCACCUGCACCGUGCAACUCAUCCUGCUCGUCAUGGUGAUCCUGGUUUUGGCCUACGGCGUCCGCUACCCGGUGCGUGUCACCGUGAAGGACGCGACCGUCCGCCGCUUCGGCCUCGCCGGCACGGCGCUGGCGUACGACCUGUCGCUCACCGUCUCCGUGCACAACCCCAACUGGGCCAUGCGCGCCGAGCACGCCGCGCCGCUCGACGUCCACAUCUGCUUCGCGGGGCGACGCUUCGACGGCGCGCGGCUGGCGGCGGCGGGGAGCUCGGUUAAGCCCGAGGAGAGCGACGAGAUUCGGCUGGCCGCCGUCGGCGAGAGGACGGCCGCGGCGCUGCUGGGGAGCGACGGCGUGGCAGAGCUGGUGAAGGAGACCACGGCAGGGCAGCUGGAGUCGUUAGAGCUGAAGCUCUCCGGGGAGCUCACGUACAGACCUGUCCAUGUCGGCAGGUACAAGAUCGCCGUGACCUGCCCGCUCAGGCUGCCGGUGGCGCCUGCAGGGACCAGCGGCGUCGUGGUGCUGGACAAGGUGAUCAAGUGCCACUAG